GCGAGUCACAGUAAAAGAGGUGAAGAUGGAAGGUCCGCAUGUUGUCAACACUGAUGGCAACUCCUUGCUUAAGGCCGUCUACCUAAGUCGUCUCCGUCUCACACGGCUACUUCUGGAAGGCGGCGCUUAUAUUAAUGAGAGUAAUGAGUGCGGCGAAACACCCUUGAUGGUCGCCUGCAGGAGCAGGCAUAUGGACCACCAAAGUGUCUCGAAGGCUAAGAUGGUUGGGUACCUGCUUGAAAGUGGUGCUGAUCCGAACAUCCAGGACAAGAGCGGGAAGACGGCUCUAAUGCAUGCCUGUUUGAAGCAAGCCGGUCCUGAGGUAGUGGCGCUGCUCUUGGGUAGCGGGGCGGAUCCGUGUCUUGAGGACCACACCGGUUCUUCGGCUCUGAUAUACGCCAUCAAUGCCUGCGAUGAAGAAACUCUUAAAAUCUUGAUGGAUGCCUGCAAAGCCAGAGGAAAAGAGGUCAUCAUCAUCACCCCUGACAAACUGGCAUGCGGAAGGCAAGUGGCGAAACAGCACCUACCUAUUCCUCCGCUUGCAAUGGUGGAACAAUGGGACAAGCUGAGUUCCAACAUCAUUCCCUGUGCUUCUCCAUCUGAUAUUCUCCUCAGUACAUCUCCACAGGGGACUCUUUCUUCUAGUCCUACAGAGCACAUGUUUUCCUUCCAGGACCUCCGAAGCAUGACUAAUUCCCAGCCAACUUCUCCAUCCCACCAGGUUUCCCUGGUAAACAGUCGGUUGAGCAAAAUCCACAAUCUCCAGAGAUUACACUCCGAGCCAUGGCUGAAGAUUCCACAGUCUUUCUUGGUCCAACAGCACGUCAAAAGCACCUCCGCUACGGAGGAACUCCCAGACAUCACGCCUGAAGAGGAAAUGACUUUCAGAAUGAACAGAUUGGCUUUUGGCAACACGCCACUAUCACGGCAUUGCAGUGUUGAUUUGAAAGAAACCAACUCCUUGAGUCAAACUCUAAGUCAAGGAAGAAACGGUGAAGGUUUAAGACCGGAAGGAGCACUGUGCCGAAACAUGUCCUUUGAUAGCUUAUCAUCCCUGCACUCUUUAUCCCAUCCCAAUCUUCAUUGCAAAAGCAGCGCUGAAGCUUUACCGGCUGAAAAGUACCCGGACAAAUCCCUGCCAAAUUUGGCCGUGUCCAGUCUCCGCAACAUCAUCCAGAGAAGGAAACUAGGAAUGGACCACUACAGCUCCGAUUCCCAACUAUCAGUGAGCCUCGCCAACUCUCCAGAAGACCGUAAAGGACAGCUGGAGAAGAGAAAACUUGCUAACUCGCGUUCUCCUACCUUGGUGGGCUCCAGGGAAUCUCUUGAGAGCGUUUCAUUGACGCAGUUGCACAGGAGGAAUCCCAUCGGCUACGAGCGUCGGGGCUCCGGGCCACUUUUGGAUCCCAUCUCCCAUCCUCGAGCUGGUUUCCUCCCUCCGCUGAACCAGCAUACACCAAUUCCAAAUAUCACUGGAAGUGGCAAUCCAAGCAGCAUCAGCUCCUGCAACAAAGCAGUUUGUGGCGUAGCAGCAGGGACAAAGCCCUGCAUUCCCUCGGCUCCUGCAGGUUUUCCAAAGGAUCUCAAGACCAGGAGGAUGCUGAUGAGAAGACACUCCAUGCAAACCGAGCAGCUCAAGCGACAUGGUGACUUCACAGAAAUUUUUGGACACUGAAUGGUUGCUAUAAUAAACAUUUUGACCAUAACAAAGGCAUCAAUUUGCACUGACACCAAAUGAUUG